UAAAUCAGUGUUUAUUGAAUAUAUAUGCAAAACAAACACUUGUUUCAACUUUUACUACAGGCGGUGACUCAAAACGAAAAUAAUAAUAGCAGUAAUUGCAAGUGAAUUAAAUUUUUUAGUUUCAAAAAAAAAAAAAAACACAAUCUACUUGCCAAACAAAGUGGGACAUAUCAGGUAACACUAUGUCCUCUAAAUUAUUCUUAACAUUGGCAGCCUUUUUGGCUUUCAUCGCUAUUGUGGCCUCGCAAGGAGCAUUUUAUUUGGGAAAUCGCAGGCAUCCGACUUUGGAUGGUCACUGCUAUGACAAUGACAAUGAUUUGACAUUAAAAAUAGAUGAAACUAUCUAUCCUACUUUACCAGGAAAAUGCUUUAAGCUGUACUGUCGUGACGAUUAUGUGCUACAAUACAACUACUGUCCACGCCGUCCUUUACCUUGUACAGGUCAUCCGGACUUUUCGAAACCUUUCCCCGAAUGCUGUAAUUGUGAUUGAAUGAUGUAAGAGUAAAAAUAUAUAAAUUAAUAAAGAAGGCAUAAGGUCCAAAUCAACUUU